CUGCCUGGAUCACCGAGGGGAUCACUGUGUCAGGCUUACACGUACUCUAUGUCGGUCCUCCAGAUGACAUGAAAUAUGAUCUGUGGAACUGAGGCUGACGGAAAACUGUCAGAGAAGUAGCUGUAAUAGCUUCUUGCGUCAUAACAGUAAUCCGUGUUCAGUAACUUGUUCUACUGAAGUCUGCUAUCGGCUGCAGUGAGUGCAGGCCUUUUGCCUUCUCUCUGCACUUUGAGGGAAUAGAGUGGGACGCACUUGGCCUGAAUUAGUGGCGCACCACUUCCCAUAAAAGCCUUUCAGAUCAGGAAGACAGCUCGGGCAGUUUACUGAGGCACACAGCGAUUGACGGUCGCCUUUACACGGAAUGGAUCGCAGCUGAGUUGGAUUUUUCUUUCCGAAGAAGUGGAUUACAUGUCGCAGCAUGGAGUCAAGGAGUCGAGUUCAAAACCGGAUACCAUUUUUCCUGCUUAUUUUGGGCAAUGUUGCCACAGCUCUCUCUGGCCUAAAUCUUGACUGUACCAACGACUAUGUAGACUUAAUGUUUUGCCACUUUGACGCGCAAAACUGUGAGGGAUACAAUCUGACUCUCCGGAGCCACUACGACAAUGGGACGAGACAUUGCAUUCCCGCACAGUGUGGCAUGGGACAGUGUUGUUGCACUUUCCACGGAAUGAUACUUGUCUCAGGGGAGACUCACUCAGCCACAGUUUGGAAAGGAGGCAAAAGCAUGGAGUCCAAAAUCAUCAGCAUCAGAGACAGCAUAAAGCCCAGAAAGCCAACAAUCACCUCAGUGAAAGAAUCUAAUGGGAAUUUUCAAAUCCUGUGGAAAACAAACCACGAGGGCUAUUUCAGUGAACACUUGACCGCUGAGGUGACUUACCAUAUAAAAGGAGGCACAGUGACGGUUACUAAACCUGUCAAACCGACUACAUUCAAAGGACAGAAUUACUAUGAAAUACCUGGUGAAGACCUGGAGUCGAGCACAACUUAUGCAGUCAGUGUGAGAAGCUACACAAACAGGAGUGGCAAGUUCAGUGACAGUAGUGAAGAGCGGGAAUUCACAACCCGCCUAAAUCUUGACUGUACCAACGACUAUGUAGAAUUAAUGUUUUGCCACUUUGACGCGCAAAACUGUGAGGGAUACAAUCUGACUCUCCGGAGCCACUACGACAAUGGGACGAGGCAUUGCAUUCCCGCACAGUGUGACAUGGGACAGUGUUGUUGCACUUUCCACGGAAUGACACUUGUCUCAGGGGAGACUCACUCAGCCACAGUUUGGAAAGAAGGCAAAAUCAUGGAGUCCAAAAUCAUCAGCAUCAGAGACAGCAUAAAGCCCAGAAAGCCAACAAUCACCUCAGUGAAAGAAUCUAAUGGGAAUUUUCAAAUCCUGUGGAAAACAAACCACGAGGGCUUGUUCAGUCAAGAGUUGACCACUGAGGUGACUUACCGUAAAAAAGGAGACACAGUGAAGGUUACUAAACCUGUCAAACAGACAUUAGAUUAUUACUAUGAAAUACCUGGUGAAGACCUGGAGCCAAGCACAACAUAUGCAGUCAGUGUGAGAAGCUACACAAACAGGAGUGGCAAGUUCAGUGACAGUAGUGAAGAGUGGGAAUUCACAACCCGCCUAAAUCUUGACUGUACCAACGACAAUGUAGACUUAAUGUUUUGCCACUUUGACGCGCAAAACUGUGAGGGAUACAAUCUGACUCUCCGGAGCCACUACGACAAUGGGACGAGGCAUUGCAUUCCCGCACAGUGUGACAUGGGACAGUGUUGUUGCACUUUCCAUGGAAUGAGACCUGUCUCGGGGGAGACUCACUCAGCCACAGUUUGGAAAGGAGGCAAAAGCAUGGAGUCCAAAAUCAUCAGCAUCAGAGACAGCAUAAAGCCCAGAAAGCCAACAAUCACCUCAGUGAAAGAAUCUAAUGGGAAUUUUCAAAUCCUGUGGAAAACAAACCACGAGGGCUUGUUCAGUGAACACUUGACCGCUGAGGUGACUUACCGUAAAAAAGGAGACACAGUGAAGGUUACUAAACCUGUCAAACAGACAUUAGAUUAUUACUAUGAAAUACCUGGUGAAGACCUGGAGCCAAGCACAACAUAUGCAGUCAGUGUGAGAAGCUACACAAACAGGAGUGGCAAGUUCAGUGACAGUAGUGAAGAGUGGGAAUUCACAACCCCUAUGGCUGCUUACAUCCUGCCCUUGGUUAUCAUCAUCAGCCUCAGUGUUGCUGCAGUCAUCAUCAGCAUUGCUGCAUAUUGCUGUUAUGUAAAGCUCAAAACAAAGUGGUGGGAAACAGUUUCCAAAUGUCCAAAUCCCAAACUUCUAAUUACACACCCAAGUGAGCAGGAGCUCUUGAAGCCAGUGCGACCCACCAUCUCCUCUAUCUGUGUUGAGCCCUUUGUUCCAGACGACAGCAAACCUUGGUCGAAGGAGUCACUGCGAGACACCAGCAGUGGGAGCCCUCAACAAAGCAGUGGGAUCAGUACCGGCUCUUCUUGUCUCAGUUGUUCUCACACCAAGCCUGCUGACAUCAUUGCUGGUGUUCAGGAUGCCCUUGUUAAAGCUUUCCCCAACAUCAGCCCGAUAUCACCUUUGACCACUGUUUCACUUAAUCCAGAAGUAAACAAAGACAGUGGUCUGCUUUCUCUUUCAUACGACCCUUGUGGUGUCCGAGCUGAUGACGUGAGUUCUGGAUCAUCUUGCUUUGACAAUAAAACCUAUUUCAUUCCAAGCUGCUCACAGGAGAUGACGACAAACUGCUCCGAAGUCCAGACGCAGGCUGAUAUGCUGUGUGACUCUACAUACCAUCCUCGUGCCGGUGAUGAAGUGACCUGUGUCGACCAGCAGGCAUCAGCUUGUUCAUUUGUGAAGUCACAACCAGUAGUUUCAUUUCCAAUACCAACAGAGAUGCCAUAUGAGCAACGCAAUGCAGAUUUUGGGUCAUUUUCAGAAGCCUCCAGUUUGUCCUCCACCUCUAGUGGCGCCAGCCCAAUGUCCUUCAAUGAGAUGGACUGUGGUACGACAAAGCCACAUGGAAAAACUGAAGGGGAAAUUGUUUGUGAUGAAAAUACGUGCUUGCAGGUUGCAAAAUCCGUGCCUGCAGACGCACUCAGCUUUCCUCUAGUGGAUGACAACUACCAGUCGUUUCAGAAUCUGGUGGAGCAGCCUGAUAUUUUGUUUUCAGAAGAGAGAAGUGGUGAGAAGGAGCCACAAUUGAACAAAUGUCCAGAGGAAACAUUCACCAAGAUGACUCCAGGUUUCAUGAACAAUGUCCAGAGUGACCAGUGUCCCUCUGAGCUCCAGAGACCUUUUCUCCCUUUGAUCUCUGCUGAGCAGUCUAUGCCAAUCAUCACAGACAGCGGCUAUCAGAGUGUGUAGCCCUGAAUAUUUAUGCAUUUAGUCUUAAUGGUGCAGUGUUUUGCUUUUUUCUCUUAACCAUACAGGCAGGCCUUUGUAUGGUUUAUUAGAUAAUCAUAAUUUGUAAACAACUGCUUUGUUAAUGUGGUUUACUUUUACGACAUGUCGUUAGAAAGCUACAGUCCAUUCAGUUUGAUUGAUGUGGACCAUUCCAAGAUACAACCACCACAGCAGGUACAAAAAUUGCGUCUGUCAGACAAACAACAAACAGUUAUAACUUACCCAUUAUACUUCAUCAUAAUCCACAGAUCGAUAAUAUUUCAACAAAAAUGGUCCUGAUACAUUCACAAAGGUCCAGACAAUCCACAACUAGUGAAAUUUUUAGUCCAAAUACAUUAUUGCGCCGAGGAUUUCUGCAGACUAUCAUUGCAUCAUUUUAAAUAUUCUUAUUUCUCCAUGUACAGUCCAUAAUAACUUCAGUUUGCAUGAAAAUAUUGCCGAUAGGAAGAUAUCAAAGUGGUGGUUGAACUCUCUGACCUUUUGAUUGACACCCCACUUGAGCCAAUUCAAGUUUUCAUAUCCUCUCCACAGCCUACAAUAGCCAACAAGAGCCUGUGUUGAAAGGAAGGACCUGCCUCUCUCUUCUAUCUAUAGACCCAGCCAAUAGCAAGCAGUUGGUAUGAUGACUGACGGGUCUUGCAGCCAAUGAAGCUCCUGACCUCGAGAGGAGCUUUUUAACCUGUUACUAUAAUCAUACACCACCAUAAACAUGAAUGAAAUGGUUCUUCUGUUGUCAUAAAGGGAUGAUGAACAUUUUUUCUUAUAGAUUUAGUUUUUAGCUUUUCUAGAAGUGUUUCUAUAUAAACUCAUUCACACAUUCAGUCAAUUGUCUUAACCCUAUUUUUUUUUUUUUAGAGCACAAGAGAAAACGUUAUAAAAAUGUGCAGAAUGUUAUCUGUGAUAUUGUUAUCAACCUAAGGCUUUAUGCUAUGGCCCCUUUGUUUUACAGCAAAUACAUCCCAGUUCCCCAGUUUUAUAUAUGUAUGUGGAGAGAAGGAUGUAACAGGCUGUUAAGUGUUUAAAUUUGUAACUGUUCAAACUUUAAUUGAACUUGGAAACAGCAGCACAACAGUCUCACCUCAAGAUCCAUUUAGUAGCAGUUCCUGACCUUUCAGUCACACAAGGGGUCUUCAUCAGGAGAUUGAGUUUGCCCUGUUGUCAUGGAUAUCCGCUGAUAUGGAGCAUGUGAUGCGACUGAAAGCUCCUGAACAGUUAAUAAAUGGACUUUGAGUUGUAUUGUUUGCUCAUUUACACUUUACACAUUGUGUGUGCUGCUGUAUUUCAAAGAAAAAUCUUUGUACCCUAAGAACAGUUGAUUUGUUCAAUUUCCAAAUACUGUGCAACUGUGUAUGACUGCAUUCAAUGUGAAACAUUUGUAAAGUUUGUAAAUAAAAAAACAUUCAUGUAAGAUUUA